GGUCUUUUCGAAGAAUGUAGUAUAUAAGUUGCGAUUAAAUUAGAUUUCUUUAAUAUUAUCUUCUUAAAUCUCGUCUUAUCUUGUGAUGAAAGAACAAUAAAUUCGUGGCUUUUUAAUACUUUAAAAUACAUAUUUAAACUAACUUAUUUUAAUCAUGAAAGUCGAUAAAUCAACUUGUUUAUCAUUGCUUGAGUUCUGAAAUGAACCAUAACUAGUCGACCAAUGUUGACUAGUAGACAGUGUAUUUGCUUAGUUCUUGUUUUAUGGGAUAUUGAUAUAUUGUUCCUCGUUAUGUUUAUAAUUAAUGUUGUGUAAAAACAGUUCAAUGUUUAUUCAUUCUUAAAAAUUAUUGCAUUCAAUUUCGGGACUUCUUCGUCACGUCACGUUCCAGUGGAAAUCUGUCAAGAUCACGCACAUUGAUUAUGUAGAUCGGGGUUUGUUAUCACCAAAUAGGUACUUCUGGACAUAAAAAUUGAGGCAAUACAAAAUGGAAACGGUAUCUCAAGCAGUGCCAGAAGAUAGUUCAGGUGCCAACCCCAGCAGUGUUAAGAGUGACGACAGUAGUCCACGUAACGAAGGAGGUCGUGGUUCACCACCACCAAAUUGUGCAAUAUGCCUCGGCACUUGUAAAAACAAAUCAUUUACUGAUUCCUGCCUUCAUCAGUUCUGUUUCAAGUGUCUUUUAACUUGGAGUAAAGUCAAAGCAGAAUGUCCACUUUGUAAACAAAAUUUUAAAUCCAUUAUUCACAAUGUACGUUCCAAUCAUCAGUAUGAGGAAUAUAUGGUGGAACAGCGGGAAACAGAGGAAACAAUUGAGAGAUUGGACAAUGACGGCUCUUAUACGAGGAGGUUCCGAUACAGGACGACGUUGACGCUUCCGCGACACGAGUCCAUCACUAUCCGGGAGCUGCUGACGCAGUACCCGUUGACGGCGGAACUAUUCCCGCCACCGGCGCCAGCGCCCCGCCGUCGCCCUUCGCCGGCCUCCUUCCGCCGCACAGUGUACCGCCACCGCUUAUGGGCGCGUCCGCUACCUGACUUCACCGGCCGCUUCAGGGACUGUACGCCGGAAUUCUACAGAUAUAAUGAUACGCAAAUGCAUCGGUUAGUGCCUUGGCUCAACAGAGAACUUCAUUAUUUAUUGAAUGAAAAUGUAGGACACAUAUCAUAUGUAAUUUCUCGUAUCUUGGAAUUACUUCCACGGUACCAUAUUACAUCACCAGAAUUCAGAGAAGCUGUACAAGUGUAUUUCAGGGAUCGGACUGAGCAUUUCCUUCAUGAACUAUAUUGUUUCGCUUCUACCCCUUAUGAUAUGACUGGUUAUGAUAGAUAUGUACAAUACACUACUGACACUAGAAUAUCAACAAUGGUUAAUGAAGUUAUUUCAAGUUCAGAGUCAGAAGGAAGUGUCGACUCUGACAUAGUAAUGGUAUCCAGUUCUGAACCAGCAGAACCUCCUCCAGGACCUUCUAGAGUGCCCAGUGUUUCGAGAAUACCGGGGCCAUCUAGGCUACAGGCAUCCUCCAGAAUAAUGGGUCCUUCCAGAGCGCCAGAACCUGUAUAUCCACAAAAUUACAUUUCUGAGCCUACAACAAAUAAUAAUGUUAUAACUAUCGAAAGUAUAUCACACUCAGACACUGAUGAUGAUUCUUCCGAAGUUAUGGUUGUGGGUUACAUAAAACCACCCCAGGAUAGAACACCUGAGGUGGUGGACUUACUCGGUUCAGAUAGUGAUGUUAUUUUACAAGAUACUGUGCCAUCGGAACCAACAGCAAACACUCAAGAAGCUCAAGAAAAUCGGCCUACACCAUCAGUAAAAUUAACUUUAAAACGUCACAUAAUGUACGAGAACGACGACUCGGACAGUGACGAGAGUGUGAAUCGAUCGUCGGCCGUACGCCGUCGCCGCCGCCAGCGCUCCAACGACACCGCCACCACCAGCGACACCUGCCGCACCACGCCUUCCCCCGCUAGUGAGUGGCAACCGACAUCCGAGUCACUCACCUCGCUGUCGUCCUGUACAUCGUUGAUGAGCCCAUCCACCGAUGCCACAUCCACUAGCGACAACUAUAAUGAUUCUUCUACUGAUAGUGAUACAUCCUCUUCUAGCAGUAAAAGAAACAAAAUUCUGAAGCGAAAAACUAAAAGAAAAUCUUGUAAAGAAUGUAUUAGUACAGGGAAAGACAAGAAGAGAAGUAAAACAAAACGCACAUCACGGACUCAUCACAAAGAUAAGCAAUCUAUUAAGUUAGAAAAGGAUAAACCUAGGAAACGUAAAUCACAUUCUAGUAAAACUGGUAAAUCAUCAAAAAAGAAUGAAUCUUCUAAUGCACCAGUUACGACUUCUAUAGAUACAGACCAACCUAGUACUAGUGGAAUCUCCAGUAAUCACAAACACAGGUCUAGAAGAGAGCGUAAUCGACGGCCGACAAACUAUGAGAGCAAAAGACUGAAAAGUGUUGUUAAUGUUAUGUACAAUAAAAAUAAUGGUGAAUCAAGUGGAACAUGUAAGGUUUUAAAUAGUGCCGUAACAAAUUCAAAUCCUAAUACAUUACCUGAAAAAGGUUUGGUUGAAGAAGAAACUUCCUCAGUUAUAAACUUUAUGAAAAAUAACGAAGAUUCUGAUUCAGAAGAUAAUCUUCCGCUGAAUUUGACUGUACAGAAAACAUCUUAAUGAUGGACUUUAGUCAAUGACAAUGCAAAUAAUGUGAUAAAGUAAUUUUUUUAUUUCUUUCCCUUUAUCAAAGAUGUUGUUUUAUCAAAUUUAGUUUGCAAUUUGUGUUUGGAAAAAUAUAGUUACAGUCAAUCUGUAUAUUUGUACAUUUGUAUGUUACUUGAAUUAGAUUCAGAGACUGGAUUUUAAGAUAGUGUAUGAGUAAUGUAACUCACUGUACAUGCCUACUUACACACAACCGAAUAGUGUUUUGUUUAUUUUAUAAAACUUUAAUUUGGACUAUUGGUAAAUAAUUUAUUUAUAAUAAGUGCAUAAUCUCUAUUCUUCAAACUACAAUUCACUGGUAUAUAUCAGUGUACUUUAUAUAUUUGGUAUAUACUUUAAUACAAAUCAAAUUAUAUCUUGUAACUUUGUUGUUUAUAAUAUUGUUUGAAAUACGGAUAUUUGAAUGAAAUAUAGUAAAUGUACAUGUAACUGUGAUGUAAAAUUAAAUUGGUUCAGUGAAGUCACUGAUAUAAAUAGAGAAUUUUCAAUACUUGACAUAUGUAUUUGAUUCAACCAAAAUUUAAGUUCCUAGCAAAUGAACAUUAUUUUUUUGUAGGAAUUAUUGGAAACCAUGCCGUAUCCGAAUCACAUGCAUUAAGUAAAACCAUUGUAACAUUAAAAAAAAAAUGUACAUAGCCAAUGUGAAUUUUAAGAGUUCACAUAUUUUAUUUGCUAUUAUCAGAUGACUGCACCUUUUUUAUGUUGCAUUUAAGGGUAACGACUUACUACUAUAACAGGAUUAUAAAUUAUAGUAUUAGAUAUAAACGUUACGAACAUUUGGUAGCAUAUUUAAUUAUUUUGAAAACUCAUGCCAAAUAAUAUUUUCGUUCGCUUUUGUCAUGUGAGUGCUUACAGAAGUCGAACGAGGAUAUAAAUCCAACAUACGAAUGAGGUGCAGCUCUAUAAUUAUAUAUAAUUGAUACUAUAAUUUGCCAUUACAUUGAUUCCACAGUGCUGUAUAGAUUUACAAUAAAUAAAUCAAUUUUA